GCGCAAGCCGCGGCAACUAGAAAUUGCUAUCUCACCUUAACCGCUGGAUAUGCCGUCUACAUAAGGCAUCAUUGCACGAAGCAUGGUACAGUACUGUACACAUUCUUCAGAUGAAUUCUGGCCACUACUCUCUGGUCUGUAGUGGGCAUUGGGCAAGUCCCACUGACAUCAAGUGUCAGCCAUGAAUCGCACUCAUUUCCCCCCUUGCUUUCGUUGUAAUCUUGAGCCUAGACUUGGUCUGACCUGUUAACCAACCUGAAGACGCCUGUUUCGCCGUCACCGGCGCAACUCACCUACAUCUCGCCUACCUUACAUUCGCAUGCCCGGUUGUAUAAACUAUAAACGCCUCCCCGGACACCCGCCAACCACCUAGGCCACUGUACAAUACAUACACCAUACACGAUGCCGUCCUCCACACCUACCUCCUUUCCCCUAUUCCCCCUCCUCCCUGCCGAACUCCGCCUCCAGAUAUGGCGCUCCGUGCCCUACCCUCGCGUCGUCACCCUCUCUUACCUCCCACUGCAUAUGCCUUCCUCUGGGCGCCACACCGUGGCCGGCAACGACACUUCUAGUAAUAAUUACACCUAUUACACACCCAACACCCGCCCUCCAACGCUCCUCCACGUCUGCCAUGAAUCCCGCGCCGAGGGCAUGAGGAUCUACACGCAGUGCUACCUCCCGACCAUCACUUCAAGUUCAGACUCGGAACAACAAGACGACAAAACCGGAUUAGAAGAGCAGAAGCGGAGAUAUUUCCACCUCCAUCCCCACCUCGACAUCCUGUACCUCCCCCGACCGUCACCCUCGCCCGGCGCCGCUAGAUUUGACCCGGCGGGAGCGGGCUACGCGGCCUGGGCACGCGAGUUUGCCAGUAGUAGCAGCAGCAGCUAUGGCGUGCCUGCGGCGGCGGCUGUUGUGCGUCGGAUUGCGCUGGACUAUGUCCCGGCUGAGGUGCGCCGGCCGUGGGAGGUGUAUGGCAAGCUGUGUCUGUUGAGGGGGUGUCCGAUGUUGGAGGAGGUUUUUUUGGUUGUUUCGGGCUCGUCUUCGGCUUCGGCUCCCUCAUCAUCAUCGUCGUCGUUGUCGUCGUGGUCGUCGUCGUCGUCGUCUUCGGGGACGAGGUCGUCGUUGUCUUUGGCGGGGGGUUCGGGUUCGGCGGUGAUCGGCUCCGGGCCCGGGACGGAUGACAUAGGCGAGGGUGAGGGUGGUGCUGAAGCGGUGGAGCGGGGUGUGCAAUCAAGCUUGGGUCUCGGGAUAGGGGUGAGGAUGGAGAUGGAUAUGCCGGGGCAGCAGCGGCUGCUUGUGGAGUGGGAGUUUGUAGACCCUAGGUGGGAACCGGGGGAGAUUAUGGGGAUUAGGGAGCGGGUGAGGGAGUCUUUUCGUCAUGAAGGCGGGGUGGAGAUGGGGGCUGAUUUUGGGCUUGGAGCGGCGCGCAGGGGGGAAGGGGAAGGGGAUGAGAAUCACAGGGGGAAGGACAAGUCUGAGAAGGGCAUGGAGUUGACGUUUAUCCCGAAGGCCAAGAAGAGGGUUAUGAGGCAAUGGGGAUGUCGCGUGGGUUAUGUUUCCUGCGCCGGAUCAGGGGUUGGCGUGGUCGUUUGACGGAGUUGGCAGAGCUUGAGAAAGGAUGAUACGCACAUCUGGUGCAGAAAGCUGACCUACAUGUAUCUUUUCCGGUAGACCUAGAUGAAGUACUUGCGUUAGAAUUAAAGGCAGCAGUUGAGAUCGGA